AUGUCUUCUCCUCAACAGCGCUUGUCCUCCAUUGCGGGCCAGCUUGCGGGCUCCAGCGCCACUACUAACAGACAAAAGCUGUUGGCUAAGAACGCGGACGAUGUGGUCAUCACACUUGCUGUGCGCACCCCUCUCACAAAAGCCAAGAAGGGUGGGUUGAAGGACACAAAUCUCGACAGCCUCCUUGUCUCCUUACUGACGCACUACCAGACCGUUCGCGAGAAAUCCAAACUUGACCCUAACCUUGUCGAAGAUGUCUGCGUUGGCAACUGUCUCUGCCCCGGUCAAGCCUAUGUCGCUCGUUCAGCUGUCCUUGCCGCAGGAUACCCCGUCACAGCUGCCGCGUCUGUCGCCAACCGAUUCUGCUCCUCUGGAUUGCUGGCAAUCCAGAACAUCGCCAACCAGAUCAUUGCUGGUUCAAUCGAUGUCGGUAUUGCUGUGGGUGCCGAGAGCAUGAGCACCAACGCCGACGGAGGUGCCCCCGAGAUGUCCCCCGAGGUCAGCGAGCACCCUAUUGCCUCACAGAACAAACAGCCCAUGGGUCAGACUUCCGAAAACGUUGCCGGUCAAUUUAGCAUCACUCGUCAGAUGAUGGAUGAAUUCGCUGCCAGGAGUUAUCAGAAGGCCGAGCACGCCCAGAAGUCCGGCUGGUUCAACGACGAGAUCGUCCCGGUCAAAACUCAGAUCAAGGACCCCAAGACUGGUGAAGUCAAGAAUAUUAUUGUCGACCGUGACGAUGGUAUCCGCUACGGUACUACUGCUGAAUCCCUCGGAAAGAUUCGCGCUGCUUUCCCCCAGUGGAAGCCCAGCCAGACCACUGGUGGAAACGCAAGUCAGAUCACUGAUGGCGCGGCUGCCGUUCUCCUCAUGAAGCGCUCUCGUGCCCAGGAGCUCGGCCAGCCCAUUGUCGGCAAGUUUUGCGGUGCUACCGUCACUGGUCUGGAGCCCAGAAUCAUGGGUAUUGGACCAUCCUACGCCAUUCCCAAGAUCCUGUCCAAGUUCGGCUUGACCACCAACGAAAUUGAUAUUUUCGAAAUCAACGAGGCUUUCGCCUCCAUGGGUGCAUACUGCGUUCAAAAGCUAGAGCUUGACGAGGCCAAGGUUAACCCUCGUGGUGGUGCUAUUGCUUUUGGUCAUCCAUUGGGAGCCACUGGCGCCCGCCAGGUUGUCACAGCUCUCUCCGAAUUGCGACGACAGAAUAAGAGGGUGGCUGUCACCUCCAUGUGUGUCGGAACUGGCAUGGGAAUGGCUGGUAUCUUUGUUUCUGAGCACUAGAUUGUCUUAUUUGAGCGUAAAUAUCUGUAAAUAAUACUUUG